CCGCCUUUCCUAUACUUGGUAUUUGUAAAGUGUAUACAAACCGCAAGGUCUACGUACCACGGGCAAGCCACCGACGCUUCAGAUUGACUUUCCUCGACUCGACCUCUCUACUACCGAUACCAACAUCAACGCCAUCAUCAUGCAAGUGCCACCGUCUCUCGCGUCGCUCAUCCGCGACAAGGACGUUCUCGUGCUGAACGCUGGCAAGACCGCCCUCAUGCAGCCGCUGCUUGACCCGGCGCGCAGCAUCCGUGUCGUCGAUAGCCGCGGGCUCACGUGGCAUGCGGUCAAGCCAGCCCAGUUUGUGCGUGGCAACCCGCUCGCGGUUGCACUCGACCAGCCCGUCGACCUCGUGUGGAGCAACAUGGACUGGAGCAGCGCAGCCGACGACGACGUCUUGACGUUUCUCGAGUACGUCUCGAAGCUCGCACUCCACGUCGUCCAUGCCUACGACCCCAGCAUCGACGCGCCUGCGAUCGCCUUUCUGAGUAAGCAGCUUGGCAUCGCCCCAUUGACGCUGCACCCAACUCUCGCAGUCCUCGUGCCCGGAGCGCCCGCACCCGACAGCAACGUCGUGGCCGUCUGGUCGGACCGCAAGAUGCCGCUCAUUUGGCGCGACUCGGUCUACGCCAACAAGUGCGCGAUCAUGGCCGAGCUCUACGAGGCCCAGAAGACGUACAUCCAAAGCCUCUUGCCGUCGCAUAGCUCGUACGUCGAGGUCGGCUGCGGCACGUCCGAGAUGGGCUCGGUGCUCUUUGAGAAGCACGCAACGUACACGGUCGGCGUCGAGAUCAACCCGAUCAUGCUCGAGCUCGCGCGCGAAAUGCAUCCGGCGAUGGCGGCGCACCCGCGCAACUACCUCCUCGAAGGCAAUGCGCUCGAGCUCCGAUCGCUGCUGCGAGAUACGAUGCCAGCCGACUUUUGGACGACCAAGCGUGUCGUCGCGAUCGUCAUGAACACGUUUGGCAUCCUGCCGGCGCACAUCCGCCAAGGCGUCGUUGACCAGAUGCUCGAGGUGGCGGGCGAGGACGGCGUCGUCGUCAUUGGCUGCUGGCACGCCGACAGCUUCCGCCGCGGCGUCGAAGAGUACUACAUGAAGAACCCAGACCUUGUCGGCGAUCACGUGACGCACGCCAUGUGCGACUACACGAAGGCCCAGCUCUUUGUACCGUCGUCCAAGUACGAGUCGCACUGGUGGUCUGAGGACGAGCUCCGCGGCUUUGUACGCCACGCAAUUGGUGUCCACGUCGACGUCCACGUCGCCGGCAUUGGCAUCUUCCUCACGUGCCGCCGCCAGUAAGCACCUUUUUAUCUAUAGUAACAAAUGCAAUGCACGCACCACGACUCUCUUUUUGAACCGGC